ACACUUUAUUAUUCAGUAUGUAAGUGUUUUGCAUGUUGAAGACAACUGUAUAUUUUCUUAAAAAUGAUGUCUAAUAAGUUUUUUAAGUCGAUGGUAAUUUUUAACGUAAAAAAUAUCAGUUCGAGGUCAUACACAAAUUUACCUGAUUUUACCAAAAAUACGUUUAACGUCGAAAGAGGUUUUUAUAACUAUUUUCAAGAGCCGCACUUGAGGUUUUUUCAAAAUUUGUUGGGCAAUGAAAGAGUUGUUACAGAUUUAUUUGAUCUAGAGAGACAUAAUGUUGAUUGGUUCUUGCAGCUUCGUGGGUCCAGUGACGUGGUUUUAAAACCGAAAACUACGGAGGAAGUUUCUAAAAUUCUGGAGUUUUGCAAUGGAAAUAAGUUGGCAGUGUGCCCGCAAGGUGGCAACACUGGAGCCUCUGGAGGUAGCGUUCCUGUGUUUGAUGAGAUCAUCAUUUCUAUGGAGAUGAUGAACGAAAUAAUUAAUAUAGACGAAGAUUCGGGUACUGUAACAUGCCAAUCCGGUGUGAUAUUAGAAUCUCUGGACAAAGCAGUGGCCGAAAAAGGUUUUGUGGUUCCCCUGGACUUAGGAGCAAAGGGAUCAUGCCAUAUCGGUGGUAAUGUAGCCACGAAUGCCGGAGGAAUGAGACUCAUAAGAUACGGAAAUUUACAUGGCAAUAUUCUGGGUUUAGAAGUUGUCAAAGCCAAUGGAGAAGUACUAAAUUUGUUAAAACCAAUGAAGAAAGAUAACACAGGGUUUCACUUGAAAAACCUUUUCAUAGGUUCAGAAGGAACACUGGGAAUCAUCACUAAAGUGAUUUUACAGUGUCCACCAAGACCUAGAAGUCAACACGUAGCAUUUUUAGGGUUACAAAAGUAUGACAAAGUGUUGAAAACUUUCAAGAAAGCUCGCAGCGACUUAGGUGAGAUUUUAUCAGCUGUUGAAGUAAUGGAUCAUGCAACCAUCGAAUUUGCUCAUGAAUACGUUCAAACUGUGUCACCCAUUGGAGAUUACCCAUUCUAUUUGCUCAUAGAAACAUCAGGCAGCAGCGAUGAGCACGACGAACACAAAGUACAUGCUUUUGUUGAGUCAGCAUUGAAUCAGCAUUUUGUGCUGAACGGGACAGUUGCCAGCGAUCAUACAAAAGUCAGGGGGUUAUGGGAAUUGCGAGAAAAGGUACCAGUGGGGUUCAAAAAAUGCGGUUGGGUGGGUUUAUUCGACGUGUCUUUGCCCAUCAAGCACUACUAUACCAUGGUGGACGAGACUAGAUCGUUUUUGAAAAAUCGCGUCGAUAGUGUGUUUGGAUUCGGGCACUUGGGCGACGGCAACCUGCAUCUGAACGCAGUCUCGAAAAAGUACGACGAAACUCUGAAAACGUCGCUGGAAAAGUUCGUAGCUGUCAAAACGACGGAAUUUGGCGGCAGUGUCAGUGCCGAGCACGGUGUGGGUUUUCUCAAACGCCGCUAUUUGCCCAUGGCCAACUCGCCAGGAGCGUUUCACCUUAUGACAGAUGUCAAAAAAUUGCUGGAUCCUAACAGGAUACUUAACCCAUAUAAAAUAUUCCCUUAGCACUGAAAA